AUGAAUUCUCUCAUCAGCUUCGUCGUGUUCGUAGUUAUCGCGGUUGUCGGUGUAAACAGCGCAAGGACUGAUAGUAAAGAGGGCAUGGUGUCCUCAUCCUAUGGUGGUGGCUAUAGCAGUGGAUCUUCCUCAUCUUAUUCUGCCCCAGCUCCAGCUGCAGCGCCGUCUUGUGGUGAUUCUUCGUCAUCCUACUCAGCGCCAGCCCCAGCACCAGCGGCAGCGCCAUCUUAUGGUGGUUCUUCCUCAUCCUACUCAGCACCUGCCGGCCCAGCUGCCCCAUCAUACGGUGGAGGCUCGUCCUCAUCUUCCUCAUCUUACUCAGCACCUGCUGCCCCAUCAUACGGUGGAGGCUCGUCCUCAUCUUACUCAGCACCUGCUGCCCCAUCAUACGGUGGUGGCUCGUCCUCAUCUUACUCAGCACCUGCUGCCCCAUCAUACGGUGGUGGCUCUUCCUCAUCUUACUCAGCACCUGCAGCCCCAGCCGCCCCAUCGUACUCUGCUCCAGCAGCUGCAGCAUACCCAGCGCCGCCAUGUCCAAGAAAUUAUCUCUUCAGUUGCCAGCCUUCCUUGUCGCCAGUAGGGUGCAGUUCGUCCGGUAAGAGCGGAGUAUAUGCUUCGGCGGGCGCUUACUCCCAAUAUGUGCCAUCGUUCGUACUCCCACCAACUCGCUACGACAACUAA